UGUCUUUUCUUAAUGCCUUCCACAAUGGCAGCAAGCAUAGCUGCUCGGCUGACUGCUCAGGAAGAAGAAAUCAUUAGACUAACUAAUGAGCUGAACUGUUUAAGGCAACAGGACUUCCCUGUAUCCACUCUUGAAUUAGAAGCUCUGAGAUCUGAGAAUGAGAAAUUAAAAUAUAGAAUUAUUCACUUACAGAGGAGUCUGAGAGAGGAGCUGGAGAAGGAGAAACAGAAGCAAUGUGUUAUCCAGAAAAAUGAAAGGGGUGAUAAUCUCAGCAGUGUAGCCAAAGAAAAAGUGGAAAAGAAAUCUCAGAAAGUCGCAGAACAGAGCACUGUGAAAAAGGAUAAUCAGGAAACUUGUUGUCCAUUCUACAUUGGAGAUCGCCUCAGUUUGUAUGAAAGACUGAAGAGUGAGCACGAUGUACUGCUCACUCAGAAAGCUGCAAAUAGCCAACCCAUUCAGAUCUCUCUGCCAGAUGGAAAGAUUGUUGCAGGGGAGUCGUGGAAAACAACACCUUAUCAAAUAGCUUGUGGAAUUAGUCAAGGUCUGGCUGAUAACACAGUAAUAGCCAAAGUGAAUGGUGAGUUGUGGGAUCUGGAUCGUCCACUAGAAGGGGAUGCUACCUUGGAGCUUCUGAAGUUCGACAAUGAAGAAGCCCAGGCAGUGUAUUGGCAUUCUAGUGCGCACAUCCUUGGAGAAGCCAUGGAAGGGUAUUAUGGUGGCUUUUUGUGUUAUGGUCCACCCAUUGAAAACGGAUUUUACUAUGACAUGUUCCUUGAAGAUAGAGGGGUGUCAAGCAAUGAAUACACAGCACUGGAGAGCCUUUGUAAAAAUGUCAUGAAAGAGAAGCAGCCUUUUGAGAGACUAGAAGUUAGCAAGGAAACAUUACUGGAAAUGUUUAAGUAUAACAAAUUCAAAUGCCGUAUCUUGAAUGAGAAAGUUGACACUCCAACUACAACCAUAUACAGGUGUGGUCCAUUAAUUGAUCUAUGUAGAGGUCCACAUGUCAGGCACACAGGGAAAAUCAAAGUUCUAAAAAUCUAUAAGAACUCCUCCACAUACUGGGAAGGGAAGGCUGACAUGGAAACCUUGCAGCGAGUUUAUGGUAUCUCUUUUCCGGAUACCAAAAUGAUGAAGGAGUGGGAGAAAUUCCAGGAAGAGGCAAAGAACAGAGAUCACCGGAAAAUUGGCCGGGAACAAGAAUUGUUUUUCUUUCAUGAGCUCAGCCCAGGGAGUUGUUUCUUCCUUCCAAAAGGUGCCUUCAUUUACAACACAUUAAUAGAUUUUAUAAGGGAAGAAUACCACAAAAGAGGCUUCACUGAGGUGGCUUCACCCAACAUCUAUAACACCAGGCUGUGGGAGACCUCUGGGCAUUGGCUACACUACAGUGAAAACAUGUUCUCCUUUGAAGCUGAAAAAGAAAUGUUUGCUCUGAAGCCCAUGAACUGCCCAGGUCACUGCCUAAUGUUUGACCAUCGACCACGGUCCUGGAGAGAGUUACCAGUCCGUUUUGCAGACUUUGGGGUCCUCCACCGUAAUGAACUUUCUGGAGCUUUAACUGGCUUAACUCGAGUCCGACGCUUCCAGCAAGAUGACGCUCACAUCUUUUGUACAAUGGAGCAGAUUGAAGAUGAGAUGGCAGGCUGUUUGAACUUUCUACGAACUGUUUAUGAGGUGUUUGGUUUUACUUUCCAACUGAACCUCUCCACAAGACCUGAGAAGUUUCUUGGCAAUAUUGAAGACUGGAAUCAAGCAGAAAAGCAACUGGAGAACAGCUUAAAUGAAUUUGGAGAACCGUGGAAGCUAAAUCCUGGGGAUGGUGCAUUCUAUGGUCCAAAGAUUGACAUCAAAAUCAAGGAUGCCAUUGGAAGGUACCACCAGUGUGCCACAAUUCAACUAGACUUCCAGCUACCAGCCAGAUUCAACCUUUCCUAUGUUGGUAAGGAUGGUGAUGAUAAGAAGAGGCCGGUCAUUAUCCAUCGUGCCAUCUUAGGAUCUGUUGAGAGAAUGAUAGCCAUACUGACCGAGAACUAUGCGGGAAAAUGGCCCCUUUGGCUUUCACCUCGUCAAAUUAUGUUGAUUCCUGUUGGACCAAGUUGUGAUGCAUAUGCUGAAAAGGUAUGUCUCCAGUUUCAGGAAGCAGGUUUCAUGGCUGAUGUAGAUCUGGAUACUGGCUGCACCUUGAACAAGAAGAUCCGAAAUGCACAGCUGGCACAGUUUAAUUUUAUUCUAGUGGUUGGUGAGAAGGAAAAAGCUACUGGUACUGUCAAUGUGCGAACCCGAGACAACAAGGUCCAUGGAGAGAUGACGGUCAACGCGACCAUAGAAAAACUGAAGGCACUACUAAAAUGCCGGACAAAACAUGCAGAGGAAGAGUUCUAACCUCAUCUUAGAGCAUGUCUUAUAAUCUGCCAUGUCCUUUACUAAGGACAAGAACCAUGUCUUAUGUUCUGAAGAUAAGCAUCUCUAUAGAAAAAUGAUUGUAUUUCCUCUGCAGAAGGAAGUUCUUCAGCCUGGACGUAGCUGUGCAAAGACUAAUUGUAAUCUCUUGGCACCUUGGCAUUACUUUCUACAAUAAAAAUAAAAGGUUUCUCAAGAAAAA